AUCCAGGGUGCAGCCAGGGCACGUCUGAGCCGUGUCACAAGUGCCAAGAGGGAAGUGAGUCACUCACCUGCGAGGGAGCCCGGCGCCCUCCUUCCCGUCCAGCCCUCUUCCCAGGCAGGAACGCGCUGAGGGCUCAGCCCCGCCGGUGGCUCCGCUUGUGGCAGGGACCUGCUGGGCUGGGUCUGCAGAGCCAGGUGCUCUGUGGCCCAGAGUGACUCUGCAGUCAUGCUGCAGUUGCUCCCAUUCUGGUGUCCUGUUCUUGAGAGCUACUUGCGCGGAGACCUUCCAGCCCCAGAUCAGAGAAAGUAACACUGGAAGAAGACUGAGCACCCUCAGUAAAACACCCAUCACUGCUCUAGUAAAGCUGAAGACCGACGUAUCGAACUGAAUCCUUUCAACUGUGGUAAGAAGAAAAGCUACGGCAGGAAAUUCUGCUUCAGAGGUCCUCACUCAGGAACAUGAUGUCUGGAACACAUAAAGAUGGCGCUGAAGGUGCUCCUUCAUGCCAUAGGAUAGACUCUGACUUUCGCUACAACCUCUUCACUGUUUUCUAUAGCAUCAUUUUCAUUCUGGGCUUUGUUGCUAACUGCUACGUGCUCUGGAUUUUCAGCCGUAUUUACCCCACCAAGAAACUCAAUGAAAUCAAGAUAUUCAUGGUGAACCUGACAGUAGCUGACUUGCUCUUCUUGAUUACGAUGCCAAUGUGGAUUGUUUACUAUCACCACCAGGGAGACUGGAUCAUGCCAGUGUUCCUCUGUAAUGUGGCUGGCUGUUUAUUUUUCGUUAACACCUACUCUUCUGUUGCCUUUCUGAUGGUCAUCACAUACAACCGUUACCAAGCGGUGACUAAUCCCAUUAAAGCUGCUCAGUUUACCACCCAGAGAAGGGGUAUCUACUUAUCAGCAGCUAUCUGGAUCAUAAUAGUGGGUAGCUCUUUGUACUACCUUUUUGACAAUAAUACUAAUCUAGAGGAGAUACAUUCGAAGAAUUUCACGCGGUGCUUUGAGCACUAUGACUCUUCUAGAGGUGUUUCAGCUGUUCUUGCCAUUCAUGUCAUCAUCUGUAUUCUCUUCUAUAUAAUUUUCAUAUGUAUACUAGGCUGGAACAUCAUCAUUAUCAGGACUCUGUUCUCCAAAUCAGCACAGCCACGGAAGAGUGCUCAUGUUAAGCAAAGGGCGCUCUGGAUGGUUUGCACAGUGCUGGCUGUGUUCAUUUUAAGCUUUGUACCUCAUCACAUAGUGCACUUACCCUGGACCCUGACUGUUCUGGAGUUCUGGAAGAAAGAAAACUGUCAGUUGCGCCAACAACUCAAUGAUGCUCACCAGGUGACCCUGUGCCUCUUGAGUACGAACUGUGUGUUGGACCCAAUCAUCUACUGCUUCCUCACCAAGAAGUUCCAGAAGCAUCUUUCUGAAAAUCUGAAAAGCAUGAAAGGGAGUCGCAAGUGCUCCAGGCAAACCACAGACACAAUGAUUGAGGGCACCAUUCACCAAGAGGAUGCCAUCAGGAUCUAGGUCAGCCCUGUUCUGAUUGCAGACCAAGAUGUGUGAAUUAGUCACUCAUCUUUUCUCAAGAAGAGGUACUGAGGGACAUAACAGAGGACCAGGAUAUUACAUUUCCUUUUACCCAUUAGACAGAAGAAUGAACACUCAUUUCUUCUAUCAUAUGGAACUUGCAGAACUGGAACCUGUAAUAAUCUGGCAGAAAAGCACCUUCUGUCUGGGCUGAUGUUCUCAUGGGCACUGAGAACAGCUCAGACGAUCUGCUUUUACAUGAAAGAAAUGUGUCAUUGACUCUCUCCAAUGUGCAGCCAGAAGCUAAGUGCACUUUAGCUACACAUUGUCUCAGCCCAGAUAGCACCAUCCCUGAUCCUUUGUCUGCCCAGCUACCAUGAAGAAUCUGCGUAUCAGAGCUGUAAGAGACUUCUAAAAGACCUGGAAGAACAGACUGAGUUCCUAGCAUCAUCAAGUGACUUUUCUAAGAAGCCUGCAUGGUUCUGUGAAGACAGUCUGAGCUGAAGAAGUUCUUGGGUGGCUAGAAGGGACAAAGUCCAAGGAGUUCCUCAAAUGCCACCUCUGAUCCUGUUUUACCUACUCCCAUGGUCUGCUGGGGCUCGUACUUGACACAUGUCUGGGAGUAGCUACUACGAACUUUUGCCUUUGCUCCCAGCUUCUUAAUCAGUCAAGUAACUGAACUAAUAGGCAAGAAAAGGAAGAGAAAUUGGCAGUGCCUCAGCUCCCUCACACAGCAUUAUGUCCAAAGGGAACUAUGGUCUGGCCUGGCUGGUAUGACAGCAGAACUGGCAAACCAGUGCCAUCUUGCACUCAGCUGAGGGAUUUUUGGCUGCCUGCAUGUGUCUGUGGAAAUCCAAUCUCACUUUGGAGGCUCCAGACAACAGAAGAUUAUUGUCAGUAUGGGCAUUAUGAUAAGAAGAGAGCAAGCUUAAAAUACUCCAGUAUCUUUAUUCUUAUUUAUUUAAAUUAGGCUUGUAGCAAGCAACUGCACAUUAUUCCUUCCCCCAGCCUUUCUAUUUCUGCUACCAAGAAAUGAAGCUGACCAAUUCUUGAUAUACUACCACGAGUGAAGUGCUAAGUCAGCUCAUGGCCGCUUUCUGAGUAACCCAGUGCUGUGGAGGGACACAGUCCAUCUGACAGGUAUCCAUUCACACAGUCUGACCAGACUGGAGAUACCUCGCUCAGGGCUGGCUGCUGGCAGUUAGGGCCCAGGGCAAACUGUUGUUCCAGGGUGCUGAGAUCAGUCACAAAUCAUGAGGCACUUGAGGUUCCUUUUCUGACCCAAAUUGCUCAAUCCAGCACAGGAAAUUGGGCAGGGGAGGGAAGGGUUUUCACAACAGUUUUUGGUUCCCUAAACUACAUAGAAGAGUCUGGUUGAUGACAAGAAAAACAUAUUUGACCUGUGACACUGAUUAUUCAUACGCAUGCAUAGCAGCCUCCCUACACCCACCAGAGAACAUGAAAGAUAAGCUCAAGUCUUUCCAAAGAUAGGACCAACGUUUGUAUCAGACUUUGCCUAUAUUCAGUGGAUAUAUGGGUCCUUCAGGUGUAUCUCCUGAAGAUCCUCAGACAGCUCUUAUUCUUACUUUUGUGAAUGUGCAAAAGAACUAAGAGGUUUCUUUUCCAUUGCCAUCUGCCAGGGCCACCCACACACUGCAGGCCCAGCGCCGGGCAGAGGAGCGUCUGAUCACAACAGGAAUGCCUCUCCCUUCUGGCCUGGUCUCUGAUCCAGUAAUGCCCCUCAUAAAGAGCACCUCUGGCACCUCUUACCAUGUGCCGCUGCCUUGCCCAAAGCUUUGCCCUGAAUCCACAGUCAGCCGAGUCACAGCUCACAGCACGGGGGCAAUUGCUGUAAUUUAAAAGCCUAAAUCCCACUUGUUGUAGGAAUCUGUGUGCCUGCCCUCCCAGGCAGCAGGUUCUGGGGAGCUCCUGCAGCUGGGGUGGAGCUUUCCUCUUUACUCUCCACACCCGACGUGACAGCAGAGCUCUCUUGCUUCACAGCCUCUAAAGCACUGAACAGAUGAAGUUUGGCAACACUUGGAGGAAACGGAAAGGGAUUUUACCCUGAUAAAUGUGCGAUCUUCUAUUGAUUUGAGAGUUUACAGAUUAGGCAACCGACUGUGGGUGAAUCACAUGCUUUACUGCAUGGCAAACAGCUGUAAGGCUAGCGUGGGCUCAGAGAACAGCUGAAAACUUGCAUUUAGGCUGAGUGGAGGAAAAAGCCCUGAGGACACUUCAGGAGGAUAUGCUGUAGUAAUUAAGUCACUAACGAUGUGUUUCAAGAAACCAGUCUGAGCUUCUACUUCUGUUCCUAGAAUUACUUCCUUGGUUUUACCGCAAUGUUGCAUUAUUCUGCUUUAGUUUGCAAAAAAAUGGAUACACAAAAGUUCCUUUAAAUAAAAUCGUGUUCUCCAAG